GCUUGAUGUAUGUGGUUGGUGGAUGUGCCGGGUGGGUUCGAUCAGGCCAUGGGCCCGUGGGUGAUGGGUUGCGAGUUGAGGGCCUUGAUGGGGUUGUUGGAGCGGUCCGGCAAAAUGCAGUCCGGAUGGAUACCCGCUCUGUCAGGCAGUCAGUCAGUCGUGACACACAAAAAACACACACGAAUGACACACCACACAAGACAAGACGGUCGACACACAGUGUGUGAGAGAUCUGUGCUGUGUGAGUGCUCAGAACUGACUGACCUCUGGAGGUUCAUGCGCUCGUGCCACCAGGGCCAGAGAACGGCGUGAGUGUCCUUGUCGUUCUUGAUGCCAUACGACCUGUGACAGAGAGAGACAGAGACACCUUUGCGUGUGCGCGGGUGUAGGGUACGUCCACACAGGCAGGCAAGCGGGCAGCUGCCGCUUCCGGGAGUGGGGCAGUGUUGCGCUGGUCUUGCUUUUCUCUGCUGACCCUCUGCUGUCUGUCUGUGUGUCCCUCCACCCUCCCACCCUCUCUCCCUCCGUCAGUGUGUGUGUGUCUGUGUGUGUGUGCGUGUGGCUUACCAUCGGGCGUAGAUAUCGCCGAAGACGACGAAGGCUACGGAGGCGCGCAUGGUCCGCACGCACCACUUGUCGGGCAUGAGGAUGCCCUUCUUCCCAUAGUAAAGCGCCAAACGAGGCGCCGACAGAAACAUCUUCGCAACCUGUUACUCCCUCCCAGCAGCUUCCCUCCGGCACUG